CUAUCCUGACAGGAGAUCCGGAGCGAAGCCGCCUGUCAGUCUGAUCCAGUCUGUGACAGCAGUCUGCACACCGACCCUUCUCUCCUGUCUGCACACUUUAUGUCCUUCUUUUUAUUUGCUGGAUCUUAGUGAAUCCACCAUUGGUUCUUUAGCUAAAAUGCCGUUUAUUGAACACAUAUCUUACUCGGACCUGGAGCGGCUCGCUCUGCAGCGGCUCGUCCCGGCCCUGCUGUCCCACGGCUUCUGCUACGUGGACGGGCUCCUCGGGGAGCUGGCCGGGAGCGCCGUGUUGGACCAGGUGGUGGAGAUGCACAACUCCGGACAGCUGCAAGACGGCCGCCUGGCCGGCUCCAUCCCGGGCGUCAGCCGGAGGAGCAUCAGGGGGGAUAAGAUCGCCUGGGUGAGCGGCUCAGAGCGCGGCUGCGAGGCGAUCAGCUUCCUGCUCAAUCUGAUCGACCGGCUCAUCUCCGUGUGCGCCUCCCGCCUGGGAGACAAGGCCAUCCAGGAGAGGUCCAAGGCAAUGGUUGCAUGCUACCCAGGAAAUGGGGCAGGUUAUGUGAAGCAUGUGGACAACCCAAACCACGAUGGACGCCAUCUUACCUGCAUCUACUACCUCAACAAGAACUGGAACCCAAAGGAGCACGGCGGAGUUCUCAGGAUCUUUCCAGAAAGUAAACCUUACGUGGUUGACAUCAAGCCGCUUUUCGACAGGCUUCUGGUCUUCUGGUCUGACCGCAGAAACCCACACGAGGUGCAGCCGUCCUAUGCCACCAGGUACGCUAUCACGGUUUGGUAUUUUGACUCUGAGGAGCGAGCCCAGGCCAAGAAGCGCUUCAGAGCCCUAACAGCCUCCACAGAGCAGAAGGGCUGCAGCUCUAGUUGAUGGUGAGAAAACACUGCCAUCUAGUGUCCGUUUGGAGAACCGCAGACACCGCUGCGCAGCUUUUUAAAAAGCUGGACCAAGACGGUGGAAGAAAACGGAAGUUGAAUUGUUUCCAGGGCCGAGGAGGCGUGGGGGGGCUUGUGGUCUCCCGUUUUAACUAAACAUGGAUUUCUAACGUUGCUCCGACCUUAUCCAGGCUGCAGCAGAGCGGGACUGAAGUCAAAUCACCAGAGGGCUUCUGGACAACUUCAGUUUUUUCUUUGGAAAAGUUCAUGCAUCGCUCUGCCCGCUCCUAUCUGGGGCCCCCAUGAUGCACCAGCUCUCAGCCUACGACACAGAUUUCAUUGUAUUAUGUACAAUGAGAGUUAAGUUGGUGGAAUGGAGUUUACAUGAUUAUGAGGAUUGUGAGCCUAUGUGACAAACGCCUCACAGCUUGUUUUUCCACCAGUCUUAAGAAGUUGGCACAUGAAAAUGCUGCCUGUUUACAAACUGGGAGAAAAAGGCCGUUAUUUCCUAGUGUCUGAAUAAAUGCUAAAAAAAACAGGCAGAAAUAGACAUUAUAAAAGCUGACAAGAGAUUGAUUUGGAUACUUUUUUUUAUAUGAAAAUAUUUGUUAUAAUUUCCAUACUUUGUCAUUUGUUGUCAGAAAUGCACUGCCUCUGCUUCUAAUGCAGGAAACAAAAUUAUAAAUCUUUUUACAAACCUUUAUUUUUACAGGUAGUCUCAACUGAGACAUGAUUUAUAAGUUAGGAAAAAGAGAGCUGUAUGGUUCUAUUGAUGUCUAAAUAAAGAAAAG